AUGGAGGCGCCCGUAGCAUUCGCCUAUACUGCCUAUGCCCAGAGCCGGGCCUGGCUUACACCCUUUUUCCUGAUUCUCAUGGGCACAGUAACAACUUCAACAUCAAGGUUAUGCGGCUCACAUAUACCAAAGAUCUACUGUGUUAAUUGGUUGAUGGGUAAACUAGCUUGUUCUUCCUCCGUAGCAAACAUUGCUGUUCCAGCUUUUAAUUAUACUUUUUAUUUUGGCCAUUGUACGUUUGUUUGUUGGUCCUAUAUAUACAUGGUCAGAACAUGCCUAAAAUCCAAAGAGAACAGGAGUAAAUUUAUGCAGACAUGUGUACCACACUUAUUCUCUUUAAUAGUAGUAGUUGGUUCCUUGCUGUUUGAUUUGUUGUAUAUGCGAUUUGGUUCAAAGGAGUUAACACAAGGUGUCCAGAAUUUAAUGGCAAUGGAAUUUCUCCUUGUUCCCCCAAUUGUCAAUCCACUGAUAUAUGGUUUCAAAUUGACACAAAUAAGAAACAGGAUUCAAAAUGUUAUGUGCAGUAAAAAUUAG